AGGGGCUGGGGGUUGCGGGGUCCUGGGCGCCCAUUUGGGAGGGUCGAGGUGGGGGUUUUUGUUUUGCCGCGGGAGAACCAGAGGCCCCGUGGCUCCUGCCCGCCCCUCACACCCCCUACCCUAGUCCCUCGCCAUGCUCACCUCCCUACACCCAACCGUAGCUGAGAAAUAGAGUGGAGGGAGGAGGACGAGGCGGUGCGCGGGUGAUAGUCGUAGUUACGCAGCAACUAGAGGGGGACAUGGCGACCCGGGCCCCGCCGUAGUCACUUCCCGUUAAAUCCCCCCCACAUGUUACCUCCGUCGCGCUCCCGCCGCUCAGUUUGACCCACACAAGACACCCUGCCUCCCCCGGACGCACACACACUCCCUCACUACCGGGACUGGGGCUCAGUGCACGCCGCUGGGACUCCCUCACCACCUUCCUCUGUCAUCAGUUUGAACUCUACACAGGCAUCGUGGAAGUAAUCGUUCGCUGGCGUGGUUUUCCACCUAAUUUUCCACACCUAUAAACGCGAUAUGCAAGUUUUAAUAAGAUUUCUUUAAGCGCAAUAAUUUUGUUCCUAGUACAUGGUCAUAGUACAAAUUGUGUAGCUUUUUUUUUUUGUAUUUUGCCCAGUGUAAGUUAAAUUGAACUUGCUCAUACUAGAAGAAAUAACAAACUGUCCGGAAGCAACAGAGGCAAGUGAGUGCCCUCUGAGUCUGCAGUUGCGUUCAAACUUGCAAAAGUCUGUUGAUUUGAGGACUAGUGCGGGAGCAGGUGUGAGUUAAUAUUGCAAGUGCAGUGUGUGGAGGGUGAACAACUGGUCCUACCCUCAUCAGCCGGACGGCCAGCGGUGCAGAUGGUAGAGGAUCAGAGUGACGACAGCCGUACCCCAGGCAAAGGUGUGUAGGCAUAAAGGUGCCAGCCAUGGACUUCACAAUGAACAUGAUCGACAAUGGUCGGGGCAUACCUGCGACCCAGGCAGCUGCGGUGGCUGCCAUGGGUGGUCAGGUGACCUACCAGGCUCAUGCUGUGAGUGUCACCCCCACAGUGAGCCAACAGCAACAACAACAACAACAGCAGCCACCGCCUCCACCACAACAGCAGCAGCCACAACCACAGGGCGGCAUGCAUGAGGGUGAUGGUGGGGCGGGGCUGCCAGGGGAGGGCAAGGUGCAGGAGCUGACCAAGGAUGACUCUCAGGGAGCCUUCACGCCCCCGCCCAGGGUGUCAUCCGUGGCGUCGCAUGAGAGUCGCGUCGAGAAGGGUACUGAUACCACAGACUUUGAACCACUCAUUAAGGUUGAGAUUAGGGGGGGGAUACCUGGGAUCAACACUGGCGACAAGGACAAGAACAGUAUCGUUCAGUUACACUUCAACAGUGUCAACGAGGUGUUGCAUUAUUUUUCCCAGCGGUCAGUACCACAGCACAUUGAUGCCUUCAAUCUUCUCACCAACCCAGACCUGGUGCGCAAUAUCAACCCCGACCUGGUGCGCAACCACUUCCUGUACGUGCCCAACCCUCAGGAGGGGGUACGGGUGGCAUCCAACGGUUACAGUUCGGGUGGAUCCAACUCUGCCCAAACUCCUCCUGCCCAAGGUGGGUCGGCCACGUCACCAGUGGUGGUGAAGCAGGGUUCCAGCAGCGGGGGCUACAGCAAGCAGGGAGACCGGCGGCGCGAGUCUGGGCAGAGUACCCUGCCACCUCCGGGUACCAUCAUAGCCAGGCCAGGGGUCGACACUUCAGGGGCAUCCUUUGUUUGUUGGAUUUGUGGCUUAGACAUGCAGAAGUCACUGCAGUUUGAGGAACACAUGGUGGACCAGCACAGUGUGGACAAGCCGUACAGGUGCGAUGAUUGUGGGGUCACCUUCAAGAGGAAGGCUCACCUGGACCGCCACCGCAGAAUUCACCUGCCUACACGGCCCUACCAGUGUGCUGUAUGUGGCAAGGGGUUCACGCGCAAUGAGCAUGUGCGACGUCACUCCUUCACCCACUCUGGGGAGAAGCCUUACCACUGCCCCACCUGUAACAAGACAUUUUCACGGCGGGAGCAUCUGACCAAACAUCUUCUGAGCCACACCAAGCCUCCGGGCUCCCACAGCCCGCCACCCAGCGGCCAUCCUCACACACCAGGUGAGUAUGAGUACAUGACAUCACCUGCGGACUCACCCAACCCCUCGCAGCCACAGCUGGGGUCAGCCUCCACUGCAGCCAUCACCUCUCUUAGCGGAGCUGCCCAGAUACCCUCCAGCCUGCUGCAUGCAGCUGUACCACAGCUGCUACCACCCACCCACACCACUAUCAAGCACCCGCAGCCCCACCACCGUUUGGCUGCUCACCACACACCAGGCCUGGCCACAACCCUUCUGCUGCAGACCACCGAUCAGAGUGGGCGUCUGGUGACCAUCAACCCCCCAAGUGGUAGUGGUAGUGCUGUUCCCACCUCAGUGGUUACCACCUCCACCAGUCACCAUUCUGGGCAGGCCAGUGGAGGCCAUGGUGGGGGAAGCAGCUCUAGUGGUUCUACCAGAGGCCUCAACCACAAUGGUGAGCCUGUGCCACGGCCCUACCAGUGUGGGGUAUGUGGCAAGUCCUUCAUUCGCAAUGAGCACCUGCGGCGCCAUGUGCUGACCCACUCUGGGGAGAAACCCCAUGCUUGUGGCACAUGCGGGAAGGCCUUCUCCCGCCGUGAGCACCUGACCAAGCACAUGCGCUCCCACAUUAAGGUGAAUGCUCCAGGAUCUGGUCAGUCCAGCUCCCAGCCCAGUCACUCCAUUCAAAUUGGAGUGUCCAGUGUGGCAGCACCCCAGGCUGCUCCAGCUGUGGUCCAGACAGCCACAGUCUCUUUGCCCACACCCACUGUGGUAGCAAGCAGUAAUGCCCAUCAACAGCCACCGCCUCAUGGGGUGACCCACACAGUGGCCGGCUCCCACGGGACACCCGUGGCUCAUGCAGCCCACUUGCCCCCAGGCACCCACUAUCUCCCCAUGUUUGGACUCUUGGCAGAGGUGGUGUGAGGCCCCAGCCCAACCUGAUCCCCCUGUAGCACAUUGAUGCCGGCAGCACAGGCACCUCCCUGUGUCUUGACUCCUCACCACCACACAACUCAUACUUACACAGAGAUGGUGCUUGGCCCAGUGACACACAGCUCGCUAGGCCAAUGCCUGGCUGGGCUGUGUGUGGUGCUGAAUGAUGCAAGCUGUAGAUAAUGUUGUGCCAUGAUCUCCCCAUAGCUGUGACCACUAGAGGUUCUCUCUGUUGUUGCUACUAGCCAGGUGGCGGGCCCAGCACUAGGUACGUGUCAUCGUCCACUGUCUGACCCUAAUCACAUUCCAAGCCAUUUCUAGGUGUCUCUUUGGCUGCACUAAAUAGGGGAAAUAUUCUUGUCAACUCUUGAGGUGUUUAAACACCCAUAAUAUGUAAAUUUUGUAAAAGAAAUUUAUGCACUCCUAUGUACUUAGAAUAUUUGUAAACUAAUUAGGAGUUACUAUUCUAGAAUUUAUUUGGGAAUUUAUUAAUGCACCUGCCAAAGUGUGGAAGUUGGAUUCCAUGGGACAGCAGUUGAGUUAUCCCUUAAGUGAUGAGGCAGCUUUCAACACGGCAGCUGCUCUCCUCUCCCUGCCCCUUAUUAAUUACAAUUUACCCUCAUAUUUUUUAUGUGGACUUAGUAUUUGAGAACCUGACUUUGUGCGCAUUGGACCAUGUUGAUGUUUUUAUUAUUUUUAUUAUUAUUAUUAUUAUUAUUAUUAUUAUUAUUAUUAUUAUUAUUAUUAUUAUUAUUAUUGUUGUUAUUAAUUUUUUUAAGUAUAACAUGUAAAGAAGUACCUAUUAAUUGUAUGUAAAUGGAAGACCUGUAAUUAUUUUUAGGAGCUUUCUUCACCUGCUUAUGGUAGAUAUUCGGAAGGUAGUAUUUCCUACCAGAUAAGAUGCUUUGUGUUAGUUCCCUUUGCAGUGGAGAGGCAAAUCAUAAGAGAUUAUUUCACUGUCCAAAGUUAUCAGUCCUUACACAUAGUGGAGACUCUUGGUGUCAGUUCCAUGACAUUAAUUGGGAAUCUGCAUGUUUAUUGUUUCUUAUUGUUUGUUUAUACUUCAAUAAGCAACUUAUUUGAAUUUUCUUCCUACCAAGAGAAUUAAAAGUUUUCUUUGUUUAAAGGUGCUCAAAUAAAUGAUAACUUUGGAUCUGAUUUUUAAGUUAUGGUUAAGAUUAAAAGAGAUCUGAGUUUUUAUCUCUUAAAAUAAAAGUCAAGUUUAUGGCAAUCAUGGUUUGUUUUUAGUGUUUGGGCUCUUGGGGAUGUAUUUUUCUUCAUGUGGUGUUUGAUAUUACUUUGAUUUUUAAUAUUUAUCUCUAUAACAAAUGUUAUUUGUCAUGAAAUAUGGUUCUGAUUAUGCUGUUAACUUUUUUUUUUUUUUUUUUUUUUUUUUUUUUUUUUUUUUUUUUUUUUUUUUUGCUCUUGCCAGCAGUAAGCCAAGAUUUACCCUGCCUGUACAGACGUAUAAUUGCUAUUGCCGGCAUUUUUUUGGUUAGUUUUAAAGAAGUUGCAUUAUGGAUGCAUUUGGUGGAAGCGGCAUUGUUUCUUGACCAUCACAACUCUUCAGCAUUCACACUUUGACCGUCAGACAGUAUCAACUCUCAUAAGAACACUUCAGCAUUCACUGUUUUUUGUUGAUCUAUUAGUACUGUGUAACAUCAACUUGACUUCUCCUCAGCAUGAAAUUUCACAAGAUAAUCAUUUCACAGUAACAAGGCAACUUAUAGUAAUUGCACAGCACAAGCAGGUCAUGUGACAGCUGAAGAAAUAAAAUAUUUUGAAGUUUCCUUACUAAAAGCAAGGAACAGAUGACUAAAAAAAAAAAAAAUGUUCCUACUGCUAUGCCUGUGAACUCUUAAGCACAGGGCUAGUGAGCUUCAUUAAGACAUUUAUUGUUAUGCCUGUGAAUUCCUGAGUCUAGGAAUAGUGAGCUUCAUAGACAUUUUGUAAUAUAUGUUUGAACUAAUUUCUGGUACACAUGCACACAUCUCCCUUUGUCUUAUACAUAUGAACUGAAGUGGUAGAGGUUGAGGGCUUUAUAAGCUCUGUAACCCUUGACAUGUGUUAUCCUAUGUUUUAUUCUUUAACUUUACCUUCCAGUAUGAUAUAUACUGUAUGUAUAGACCCAAGCCUUCCCUCAGAUGCUUUGAGAAAUACCCUUCUAUGCUAAAUAUUGUAACUUGUCCCAUGACAAAUGGAACCCCUAUUAUAAAGACCCACUUCUAAGAAGAUCCAUAUUGUACAGUCUAAAAAUGGAAAUUAUUUUUUCAUUAUUGAUAAAUUGACGAAAUGUGUUAUGAAAAAUCUGAUGUACAGUGUAGGUGCUGUGGUGGCUGUGUGCUGCCGGUCAUUACUGAUGUCCACAGUAUUUAAUGUAGUUGGUGUGUUUGGCAUCUGUUACCUUUACAUUGAUCUAAAUAAUCAAUAGAGAGCUGUGUGUUAGUAGUUGUUCAGGAAACUUGUGAGGGGAGGCUGCAGCUUUUAUCUGUUGUUAUAUUUACUGGAAGCUUCAUUAAGUUCCUUAUUAGUUAUGUGUAAACAAUUCAUGAAGUAAAACUGCCUGCAUUUCAUACAUAAAAUAGGUUGUGAUUUUCAAUGUGAGCUUUUCAAUAGAGGCAAUCUUGUGAUCCGGUGAUGUAAGGCAGAAGUUACCUUGGCCUGAGGAGCUUUAUGGAGUUUCCAAACAUUUAAUUUCUCAGCCUGUUGUUGGAUCUGGCACAUCUCCACUGCCAGAAAUGCAUGCCAGUUGCCAGAUGACAGAUUUUGGGUUUUUAGUUUGCCAGCCAUUGUCACACUCCUCUCAUGAGCCUUCUUGGAUGCAUAAUUUUUACUUGGAAUUUGUGUGAAAGAGUACAAAUUUUUGACCAAGUUGUUCGGUGUCAUUUGCCUGGUUUGGACUGUUUUAUAUAUAUAUAUACAUACAUAUAUAUAUAUUUAAUAUAUAUAUACCUUUUCUCUUUUUUUUCAAGUGUGCUGGAAAUACCUGUCCCUUACAGGGAUGCAAAGAAGGUUAUUCAUAAUCUUAUUUCUCUUCAUUUCUUUCUUUUCUGUUCCCCUCCCUCCCCCAUGACCAUAUUGAUGUAUGAUGUCAAAAGCAAGGAAUCACAUGUCUUGCAUCUUGGUUACAGACAAAACCUUGUUCUCACUAUUAAUCUUACGAUGGGGUAAUUGGACAUUCUGGGAUGCAAUCAGAAAUCAAAAUUUAUGACCGUACAUUCAUAGGAGCUUAUAGCAGAGUAAAGUUGUGCUAAGACCAUGCAGAUGUUAACAGUCCAUAAGCCAAUCCCUCCAGAGGUGUGAUACAGUCAGAGAUUUAGGGUCCCCAGGCAACUUGAUUUAUUCUCUACUUCCUGAAUUUCACCAAUGAAAGUCGUUUUCAAAAUAUGCACCGACACUGCAUCUCAAGUUUUAGAUAAAUUUAGGUAUUGUUUGUCUAGCUUGAAAGUAAAGUGUGUCAUCAGAGUAUGUUUUUUAAUGAUGUACAUAUAGAAAGAGUAGUCACGAGUACAGUAGAUGUUAUUGUCGUCAUGGAUGUUUGUUUGAGGCUCCUGAUCCCUGAUUAUAUCACAUUGACUUAGGCCUUGAGGUAUUGAGUCACCACCAGUGUGAAGUUUUGCAUAUGAAAUAAUAGACUAAAAAAAGUAAACAAAUUUUAUUGUAUUAAUUUAAAAAUUCAAAUAAAACAGGAAUAAAA